AUGACUACAUCCCCAAGCGAGCUCCUGGAGACCUACGAGCGGCAGGGCUUCCUUUCAGGCGUGCCCGUGUUGAACGACGGCGAGCUGAGGGAGGCCACGCUUGUUGCCCGCCUGGAGAAGGAAUUUGGUGAAGAUUACACCCAGUACAGCCUUCAUAAUGUUCACCUUGAGUAUCCUUGGGUAAUGGGCCUGAGCAAACACCCUCGCAUCUUGCAAGUGCUGCAAGCCAUCUUCGGCCCUGACGUAAUCCUGCUGGAUUCCCGUUUCAUCUGCAAAUACCCGGUGCCCGCAGGCAGGACUCGGGGGGAUGAACUGCCGUAUGUGGCUUGGCAUCAAGAUAUGAGGUAUUGGGGUAUUGCCGGUGGGCCCGUUUUGUCGGUGUGGCUGGCUUUAGAUGACUCGCUGAAAGAGAACGGAGCCCUGCAGGUGAUCCCAGGUAGCCACUGCUCCGGCAUGUUUCCUCAUCGCCAAGCCGUCCGGCCUGGAAACAUGCUGACAGUCAAUCAGGAGAUCCCGGCAGAGUUGCUCCAAACUGACCAGGCUGUGCUUUGUCCCCUUUUUGCCGGACAGAUGUCUAUCCACGACGGCCUUCUCGUGCAUGCUAGUGAGCCCAACACAUCCCGGAAGAGACGCUGCGGCUUUGUGAUUCGUUACGUACCCACCCGAGCGUACCCGAUAGAGGAUCCUGACCGUCCUCGGAAAUUCCACGCAACUGUUGUCGUUUGUGGAACAGACCAAUUCAAACACUUCUCACACUAAAGACAAUAACAUCACACAUGCUGGUAACUUUUUAAAAAUCUCUUGACGGUAUAUCCUGCAUGUUCAUAACUGGGGGAUAGGGGGGGUCACUAAUUCCUGUUUCUAUGACGAUAAGUUUGAGACCAAAAUCAAUGCUAACUGAUGUUUAUGUUUUGACGUUUCAUUUCCGAAGGCACUGACUGCUUCGUAUCAAAACUAUUUAAAUGUUUGACAACAAAAAUGAGACGAAAGUGUUUGUUUGGUUUGCCAUCAUAUAUAUUGAAAAUGAUUCUGCAUCACAAAACUACAAUGAAUGUAUUUUAUUAAAAGACAAACGAGAGACUUUGGAGACAUCUUAGGCGAGUUUCAGGGUUUCUUCAACCAUGACGCCGAUUCCAUCGAAGAUCUCGUGAAUGGGAGCGUUGCUCAUGAAAGCCGGAGCGGUGAUGAGUUUGUGCUUAAGGU